CGCAUUUCUAGAUGUGAAUAUCUCUACCCGUUUCUUGGAUACCCCGAGGCUGGUUUCGGGGCUGUGUGUGAAGUCCAUGUUAUCUCGGAUUCGCCCGAUCGUGGGCCGGGCGCCCGGAGUUGCUCGAGCGUACCUUGAGAUUACUCAAUACGGGAGUAGAACGUCAAAAUACGCCUUUCAUACCGAUGGCAGGACUCGGAUAUCCAACUUUUGGAUCCCGACUGGAGGUAUCACGAAGAAGCCCGUUGAGGGUGAAAGAGAGGAUACAAAUGAUCUUCUAGUCAGGGGUGGUUUCUUGCGACAGGCUUAUGCGGGUAUAUUCCAUAUGCUGCCGUUAGGGUUGCGUGUCCAGGAUAAGCUAGAGAGGCUCAUAGAUAAGCACAUGCAGUCAGUCGGUGCUUCUAAAGUGUCAUUAUCAUCGAUAUCGGCACAAGAGCUUUGGGAACAAUCGGGACGUCUGAAGGAGGGAUCAGAUGUCUUCCGCUUUCUCGAUCGCAAAGAAGCCCGCUUUCUCCUUGCUCCCACGCAUGAGGAGGAGAUUACCACUCUAGUAGGGAGUCUGACGAAGUCUUACCGGGAACUGCCCGUGCGCGUGUACCAGAUCUCGAGAAAAUACCGAGAUGAGCAAAGGCCGCGACAAGGUCUUCUUCGCGGCCGGGAGUUCAUCAUGAAGGACAUGUACACCUUCGACUACAGCACCGAGGCAGCCCUCAAGACCUACGUCGCCGUCAAAGGUGCCUACACGCGACUGUUCGACGAAUUCAAGAUCCCCUACCUAGUCGCUGCUGCAGACUCGGGUAAUAUGGGCGGCAGCCUGAGUCACGAGUUCCACUUCCCCAGUGCUAAAGGCGAGGACACAGUCAUCAGCUGCACUAGCUGCGACAAUGUGUACAACGAAGAGCUCGCUGACGGAAAAGCCCACGCUGGCGAAGACGAACAGCCCAUCACUCACCAGAGACCUGGUUUCGACACCGGUGAAACCUCCGGCGAAGCCACCCCAGCCGUCUCGGUUGGCCUUUGGAUGUCUAUCUCGAAAGACAAGAACACCCUCUUGCGGUGCUGGUUCCCGCAAUAUACCAUCCAGGAAACCCCUGUGGAGAGAGAGGUGAACUCUCACGCCGUCAAGUCCAUCGCCGACGCCGCAGGCAUCGAACUCGACAUCAGCAUCGAGAACCCACUCCGGCAAUGGGCCACGCAGGUCCAGUCCAACAAGUCUCCCACCCAGCGGCCGCGGAUCGUGGAUCUAUAUGACUCGCGCGUGCGAGCAUACAAGCGCCCCCCGCUGACCGACACUCUCCAAGAGGUCGGCUGCACGGUGGACGACGUGGACUUCUCGAAAUUGGAUCGCUUCCCCGGCACGAACAACUACCUGAACCUAGUGAGGGUUCACGCAGGCGACCGGUGCGCGAAAUGCGGCGAGGGUCUGGCGCAGACCCACAAAGCCGUCGAGCUGGGUCACACAUUCCACCUGGGCACACGCUACAGCGACGUGCUCGAGGCGUCCGUCAUGGUCGACCCAUCUUCGUCCAACAAGGGUGGGCCCCAGACCGUGCCCAUGCAGAUGGGAUGCCACGGCAUCGGUGUCUCGCGCAUGAUCACUGCGGUUGCAGACAGCCUAGCAGACAAUAAGGGACUGAACUGGCCCCGUGUCAUCGCGCCGUACGAAGUCAUCAUCGUCCCCGGCAAGGGCCUCGAGGCAGAAGGAGAGAAAGUCUACGACGCACUGACGGUGACACCUAGCCCUGCGACAGCCAUGGACGUGAUCCUGGAUGACCGCGACAAGCAGAUGGGUUGGAAGCUCGGCGACGCGGACCUGAUCGGCUACCCGGUCAUCGUGGUGGUCGGCAAAGGGUGGAAGAAACAGCAAACGCUGGAGGUGCAAUGCCGUCGCCUGAACGUCCGCGAAGAUGUCACUCUUGAGGCUCUGUCGGGGUUUGUGCACUCUUUGCUGCAGCGAUUGUAAGCGUUUUGUUGGGGCUAUGCACAAGAGUAUGUAUUGUACAAGAGGGGGGCUAUGCUCCCGAGGCUGAGUCGGGG